GCGUCCCAAUUUCAAGUAUUGGGUUGGUGACACCACAUCGGCGAACCACCCGCAGUUCAGCUGGAAAAUACUCCAGGCAUACGUCGGGUACCUUGCGUGGAACGUGCUUCGUGCGUACUGCGUAGUGUACUCACCUCGAACCGUAACGUAACUCGCCCUGCUCGCCCAUCUGAGGUGCCAGUUCCAGGUCGCCAAUAAGGAGGUUCGCUUCCCACGUCAACUUGUCAAUGCUGCGAACUGCAACACCCAACCACUCCAACCUCUCUGGCACGCCCAACCGCAAUCUUGGAACAAACCUUGGUGCCCGGCCAAGGUAGGAACGAGGCGCAACCAGGCACGGCGAAAAUCAAACAGCGGUCCGCACUCCCCUCUUCACAUCUUCCACGUUACAUCCCAACUUAUUUGCCGGACAAUAAGCUUCAGCACCAUACCAGAGUAUCUUGCCACACGAUCUGCGACUUGACACCAUGAACUUAUCGACAAAGAACACCAGCUCGGGCAGCGCUAGAGGUAGAGAUCCAGGCACAAACGCGAUGCCGUUGUUGUCGACGGCGCCAGGCGCUCCAGUGCCAGGGCCUCCACAGCCCGCCCCCCCAUCCCCUGCUGCUGGCAAUGAAACUGCGACUUUGUCGGUUGGUGGUACCCUCAAUGGUCAGAGGUCGCUCAGGAGAUUGCAAUCGGCUCACAGCCUCGGCGCAAAGGCCUUGCCUCAGCCGUCCCUAAUUUCCCAGCAGAGGUUACAGUUACAACAGCAGCAGCAACAGCACCAGGAACCGCAACACCAGGGGCAACCGCAAUCCCAACCGCGUCGUCAACCGCAUCAGCAGCCCCAACAUCAACAUCGCCUACUCCCAGGCCUGCCUUCGCCUCAUACUAGACAUGCAAGUUUCAACUAUCGAUCGACACCACAAAGAGGUCGCGCCAACAGUGACGCCCCGCCUGUCCCGAUUCCAUUAGGCCAACAAUACAGCACCAUGGCAGCCGCAAAUAGGCGCGCCAUGCGCGGCACAAGCUCAUCCACCGCCAGCACUAUGUCCCUCGAGAAGUUGUUGCGCGAAGGCCCCCCGAACGGCGAUGUUGAUACGGCGCUCGAAAGCACACGACUCAAGAUCCUCGAUCAGGGCGUCAAAUCCGAUAGCGACGGCAUGUCUUCCCUUCGCAUAUACGUAUGGCUGAUCCUGCUUGACGCCCCAAUCAUCGAAACCGACACCUACCUUUCCCUCAUUCAUCGCGGCGCAUCCCCUGCCUACUCGAAAAUCCGCAAUGAUACUUUCCGUACACUUACGACCGAUCCUCUCUUUCGGCGCCGCGUUAGCGAGGCCAGUCUAAUUCGAUUACUUAACGCCGUCGCCUGGAGGUUACACGAUGCCCGCGGAGACCGAACCCGAGACCAUAGCAUUGUCAGUCUUUCGCGACGCUCGGCGCCAUCAGAACCCGGAAGUCGUCCGGGAACUAGUGGUCACGACAGCAUCACUGGGUCGCCGGCAUCGAAAAGUCGAGCGCGUGCCUUGACCUUGACCACUGAAGGCUCCGAGGCCAGUGGUGUCGCCUCUGAACCGGGUACCUAUGUACAAGGAAUGAACGUGCUGGCCGCGCCUUUCUUGUAUGCUGCACGUAGCGAAGCCGAAGCCUUCGUCGCCUUCCACCAGCUUCUUACGCAAGAGUUACCCGGCUAUAUUCGCGGCGCCAUGGACGGAGUGCACAAAGGGCUGGCGUUGGUUGACAAGGUGUUAUCGAUCGUGGAUCCAAAACUCAGUCUCUACCUGAUGUCCAAGAACCUUUCCGCCGAGAUCUAUGCAUUCCCCUCCGUACUGACGUUGUGCGCAUGCACGCCACCUCUGCCCGAGGUCCUACGCUUGUGGGACUUCCUCUUCGCAUACGGUCCGCAUCUCAACAUUUUGUGCAUCGUUGCGCAGCUGAUCAUGAUACGCACAAAGAUCAUGGAAUCGCCUAGUCCUAACAAACUCCUCCGAUCUUUCCCUGCCCUUCAGGCUGAUUUGAUCAAGCGGACCACUUUGACCGUGAUACGAAUGAUACCCGACGAUGUCUAUGCUGAAAUCGUGGUUCAUGCCAAGUGAUGGAACUUCCAGAAAUUCAUAUGCAUGCAGCAUAUUGGAUAAAAGACAUUCAGAGAGCGAAAAUGGACGCGAAGCGUCGAGCGCCACCAAGCGUGGUAAACCUGCACUCGAACUUGACUCGCCCAAACAACGUGCAGUAAUGCUCUUACAACUACGGUCUACCUGGCGAAGAUCAGAUGAAGCGGCCAUGCCUCUCCGCUGUCUGGGUUUCGUCCCUUUUAAUUUGCGGGUUGCUGAGUGCUGGCAUAGGCAGUAAAUGCCGCGCCGAGUAUACUAUGUGGGCGCAUCCAGCGUGGGCUUGCGAAACUCUCUUCAUGAAAUAAGCUAAAAGAGCUCGCAGCGCUUGCCUGGUUUCAGACUCGAGAAGUAAGUUCAGUUAAGGGAUGAUUUAGAACUGAUUGGAGAUUCGAAAGGGCCAGCUCCAUCCGCGAAGAUACAGCGAAAGGGACGGACGGAUAGUUGGCAUUCCCCUCAAUUCUGCAGUAGGAAUUUGAAGUCGCGGUCCUCUCAAGCUUGACCUUGCUAAUACAACUUGGCAUCGCGUGGUUUGAUUCCUCUAUCAUUUCGACAGACUGGCGGCCUAGGAACAGGUGUUUUGCAUACAAGGUGUAGUGUGGGAUGUGGAUAUAUUAUGUCUUGACUGCCCAAGCCAUCGGAGUUCCUCCUCGCGGGGGUGAUGGCCGCUCAUUUAUCGUCAAACGUCGACACGAGGCGGAGCCAAUGCAGAAUACGCUCGUCGCGGUUUCCAGAGGAUGACAUAGUCCCCAGAAACAAUGGAGAUAGAAAAAUGAUGUUGAUAUAGCGGAUUCCCAGGUCAAAAGGGAAACGGGAGCUGGAAAGAAAGUAAGGGGAAGAGGUAUAGACUCAUCAGGCCUUUACUAGCAAUUGGCUCAAAGCGAACGUCGGAUAGAUGACUCUAAAUAGAACAUUGGUACAGCAUAUCUUAAGAGAAAGCCCCCAAUAGAACCGGUCUAGUG